GUACAAACCAUCAGGCACUUGGGCGGGACAUCCUGUUUAAAAAGCCGACAGAUUAUAGUGUCUUGUGGUUUUAUAGGCACUAAGGAACCAAAUAAGGUGUAGUUUUAAUCGGAUGUUUGUAAUGCUUCGAGAAAGAUUUUAGACAGCUUGACCAGUCUGCCAGUGACCCUGUCUCUCCUGGCUUCUUGUUUUAGUCAGCUUUAAACGGUGCACUCAUUCCAUAUUUGCUUGACAUCUGCGACCAUGGCUUGUACCCGGGUCACUUUUCAAGUGAAGGGAACAACAUCUCCAGGUGAAUUUAUAGCAGUUUGUGGCAGCUGUGAGGCUCUCGGAAGCUGGUUUCCAAAUAAAGCUGUGUUCCUAGAGCAAGAUAAAAAUGAUUGCACACUGUGGAAAAAAGCAGUCGCUGUUCCAAGAGGGGCACCUACAAACUAUCGUUAUUUUAAAGGCUUUUUUCUGACGUCUAAGAAUGCAGGUGAUCCAUGUCCAGUCAUAGUCAAUAAGUGGGAGACCCAUCAACAUCCACGAGCAUUGAAUCCUUCAGAACCAGAGCUGCUUGUUGAUGAUGGCAACUUUGGUUUUUAUAAUGACCAAGAAUGUGUAGAUUCAGGAUGGUUAACAUUUCAGACUGAAAUUCGCCUGCGACUUCAUUACUCUGAAAAGCCACCAGUAUCAAUUUCAAAAAAGAAGUUUAAGAAAUCCAGAUUUAGGGUGAAGCUGACAUUGGAGGGCUGUGAAGAUGAUGAUGAUGAUGAUGAUGAAGAGAAACUGUCUCCUUCCUCCUGGCACAAAAUGGCAACCACUCUGGGAAUCUCUUUAAUCAGCAAUGAUGAUUAUAAGUCCCGUCAUUCCCAGCCGGAUUUUGGUUAUGCUUUAGACCCCAACCUUUGGACCGAGUACAGCAUUCAUACCAUGGAUCCAGAUAACUUGGAAUUGACAUUUGAGUUUUUUGAGGAAGAUUUGAGCGAGGCAGUAGUUAAGGGAGACGCAGUGCCAGGCCAUGUUGGAACUGCUUGCCUGUUAUCUUCUACUUUUGUGGACACUGGUAAAAACACUGGAUUCGUCAUACUUCCCAUCAUGGGUAGGAACUCCAGACAGACUAUUGGAAAAGUGAGAGUUGACUACAUUGUAAUAAGACCAAUUGAAGGUCAGAUAUGUGAUAUGAGUACUUCAUUUACCAAAUACUGGAAAAAACGAACUGCUUUGGAUGUGGGUCAUAGGGGAGCAGGAAGCUCCUCGCAUAUGGACAGGUAUGCUAAAGUCAGGGAGAAUACAAUUGCUUCCUUUAAAAGUGCUGCAAGUCAUGGUGCUGCUUUUGUGGAGUUUGAUGUGCACCUUUCCAAAGACAGCGUUCCAAUUGUGUACCAUGACCUUACUUGUUGUAUAUCCAUGAAAAAGAAAAGUGACAAUGAUUCUUUGGAAUUAUUUGAAAUCCCUGUGAAGGAGCUUACGUUUGACCAGCUUCAGUUAUUAAAGUUGGCUCAUGCGGCUGCAGUCAAGGUGAAUGACCCUACAGAUUCUGUUUUAGAUGAGGAAGAUUAUAUUGCAGAGCACCAGCCUUUUCCUUCACUUUUGCAAAUCUUGCAAGCUGUACCAGAACAUGUGGGUUUUAACAUUGAAAUUAAAUGGCUCUGUCAACUAAAAGAUGGUACCUGGGAAGGAAACCUGUCCACCUACUUUGACAUGAACCUGUUUCUUGACAUCAUUCUCAAGUGUGUGCUUCAAAAUGCAGGAAAAAGAAGAAUUCUGUUUUCCUCAUUCAAUGCAGAUAUUUGCACAAUGGUUCGUCAAAAGCAGAAUAAAUACCCUAUCCUGUUUCUGACUCAAGGCUUUUCUGGAGUCUACCCAGAGCUAAUAGAUCUCAGGUCUCGAACCACCUCAAUUGCAAUGAGUUUUGCACAGAGUGAAGACAUUUUGGGAAUAAAUGUGCACACAGAGGAUUUGCUGAGAAACCUUGACUACAUAAAGGAGGUAAAAUCAAAAGGUUUAGUCCUCUUCUGCUGGGGCGAUGAUAACAAUGACCAUGAAAACAGGAGUAAGCUCAAAGAAUAUGGAGUCGACGGACUGGUUUAUGAUAGGAUCUGCGAUGUUCAGCCUGAGCAGCCUAACAUCUUCGAAAUGGAACAGCUAGAAGGUGUUAAGAAUAGCAUACCAGAAGAAGCCCUGAAAAGCUGUGCCACUUCCAGUAUUUGCCUGACUUGUUGUUCUGUGUGCUCCUGCAAGCAGGAGACUGGUAGCACGGAGUCUGAUUCAGGAAUCAGUAAUGCUUCGUUUUAAAACGCGUGAAAUAUUAACAACCCCCCGUUAUUUUGUGUGUGUUUUUUAUAUAGAAAUUUCAUUCAAAUUAACUGUUGGUGACAUACAGGUAUAAAUUCUAUCAUAGCAAAUAGUAUCUUGUAAGCCAAUAUCAGGUCCUGUAUAAAUGUCAACAACAAAACAGACUGCUGAUUUUGUGUUUGAACUUACAAAUUGACAAGAACUACUUUUUUGUUUUAAAAGCUGUACAACUCACAAGGUCCCUUUUAAAAGUGAACAUUAAUUAUCUGUUUACACAAAUUACACAGUGUGUCAAUUCCUUAAUGUUUUCAGUCACUUUAAAACUAUUUUAAAAGGGAAUAUUCUAAUUGGAAACCUGUAUCAAUUCAAUCAAGUACAUUUUAUGAUGAUUCAUUUAUUUAUUUAAAAUAACAUUGGUGUUUUGACUUGAGAAUUUUAGUUUUUCCAGGUGUUUAUACCAAAUUGAGUGGUAGAAACUGAAAGGAAGUGUCAUGUUUAACUUGCCUUGCCUUCUACCAACUUGUAUUUGUGUACUGUAUAUACCAGAACUUCUGGUUAUGAAUGCUGUUAAAUGAAUGCUGACCAUUGCUUUUUAAACACAUUUAUUGUCUCUUAGUAGCUUUAUUAACAUUGUUAUAGGUCUCCCUAUUUAUUAUUUAUUGUG